CAUCACGGCCGAGCCGUAAUGCAUACAUGGAGGAGCGUGAUAACGUUGAUUGGGCGGCGUUAUGCGCUUCAUUAGCUGAUGAGCGGCCUGUGAGGAAUUUAGAGGGAGCCAGGAUUCUUGACUUCAAUGAGUUUUUGAUCCCGGAUUUGGCGCCAGCGGGUCCACUAGAGCCACCCACUCAGGCGUUUUCUCAUGGGUCUGCAGAGCCAGCGGUGUCUUCCCAUAUGACUACCGAGCCACAGGAUUCGGCGCCAGUGGGUCCACAGGAGCGACCCAUUCAGGAGCAUUCUCAUCAGCCUGCCGAGGCAGAGGUGUCUUCUCAUGAGACUACCGAGGCGCAUCAUCUCGUCCAGGAGACUACCUCAUAUUCACCACCACACCCAUCUCAGGAGCCUACAGACCCAUCUCAGGAGCCUACUCAGGCGCUCGUUGACACACAGGUUCAUCCUUCGGCGCCUGAGGUGGCGACUCCCGACGAGGAAGAGGUCGAGUUUCCAGAUCUAACUCAGCCUCAGGUUCUGAGCGUGCCAGCGGGACUAGAUCCCAUGAAGAAGCACGUUCUAGUUAAGGGCGCAAGCGCUAGGGGAAGAGGAGAUGAUCAUGACUUGGAGCGCUCGGUUAUUAAGAGGAAAAACGGCGAUGGAGACGAUGGCGAGGGCGGUGGGGAUGGUAUGAGCCUUAGGCCUAGGGAUAGUCUCCGACAUACUACAUGUGGGACCCAUCCUCGAUAGUAUAAAUACAUUAGUGUUGUACAAUUUAUCGUAAAUAUUAUAUAUUUUUUGCAUAUUUAUACAUAUUAUCUUAGUCUUUAUUAUUGUUUAUAGUUUCACAUCUUAAAUUGAUAAUAAAAAAAAAAAACGUGACACAUUCGAAAUAAAGUUAAGCAUUAAUUUAAAAAUAAGACGAAACCCUAAAAGAUAAAUAAUGUAAAGCUAAUGACUACAAGUCUUCAAACAAAAAAGGACUUCGAGCACUUUUCAACCACUAAAACGACAAUCCAAAGUAUUGCGUAUUCUUGAUGUAUUGAGCCUAUUUUAUUAAUUGUACAAAUAUAAGUAGGGUUCUAUAUAAAAUAUUGAAGUUCCGGAGUCUCAAAGCAUGAUUAAUA